AUGGCAAACAAUCCAAGUUUAAAUUGGGAAAAGCUCCAAAAUGUUUUUUAUCGAAAGAUUGAACUAUGUGAACUGAAGAGUCUGUUUCAAAAAGUGAAUAAGAAUGCAUUUGCAACUAAUACUGCUGCAACUAUUAUUGGUGAUCGACUUCAUAUAAUGGAUUAUAACUCCGAAAUAUUGCUUACUAUAAAUGUUGAUCGAUUUGAAAACAUAAAGGAGAUCUCCUUCGAUCAUAAAGAAAGACCUGUUAUUAUUACUUCAGAAGCUAUUCAUGUCAUUACAAAUUUUUUACCGUUAGAGAUUGAAAAGACUAUCAGUGAUUUCAAUGAUUCUUCUGAAAUAUUAUUUUAUAAGCAAGGAUAUGUAAUUUCAUCAAAAUCUCAAAAUAUUUAUAAACACGAGAAUGGAAAAUUAAAACUCUUGUAUACUAAUGUGGAUAAGUAUCUACUAACGACAGAAGAGCAUUGGGAUAUAAAUAAUGAUCAGAUUAUUUUACUUGAUCAGAAUCAUGUAUUUAGAUUUGAUUUGACAAAAAAUAAUUUAGGAUGUAUUAAAACAAACUCAUCAUGGCAAAGAGUGAUUAUCUCUACAGAAGGAUUUAUCUGUCUCUUUAAUGAAAAAUUUCGUAAAUUACAAAUAUUUAAAAGUGCGACGCAUGUUUCAGCAGAAUAUACAUUAGAUUCAUCUCCUUUGAAAAUUGCAUGGUGUGGCAAUGACACUAUAGCUUGUGUAUUUGAUCAUGAGGUUAGACUAUUUGGACCAGGAGACUCUUAUGUAACAUUUUGGUAUCCAAGUACUCCAAUUGGAUUAUUUACAGAAGUAGAUGGCAUUAAAGUAAUUGCAGGUAAAGAAUUUAGUUUAAUUGGCAGGGUUCCUGAACACACUUCGAAUGUCUUUAAAAUUGGUUCAACAGAAGCUGCUGCUGUCCUCUUGGACUCUCAAGAAAACUUAGACAACUAUUUGCCAAAGUCAAUUGCUAAUUUGAGAGUAAUUGAUCUUCCAAAAGCCGUCACAGAUUGUAUAAAUGCAAGUGUCGACGAAUUUGAUGUAUCAUUGCAAAAAAUAUUAUUGGAAGCAUCAAGCUUUGGCAAAGCCUCGAUAAUUAAGGCUUCAUUUGACUCUGAAUUAUUCGUUAAAGCAUGUGAACGUAUAAAACUUUUAAAUUAUCUUAGAAAAAUUGGUAUACUGGUUACCAAUGACGAGUACAACCACUUGACAUUUGAUAGGGUAUGUGAUAUACUAAAAUUAAGGAAUAACUAUUACGAAUGUCUCCAAAUAUGCAAAAUUACAAAAAACAUCACAAAGACUGAAAAUAUUUUUAUAGACUGGGCUUGCACAAAAGUACUAACUUCUGUUGAUCAGAGCGAUGAUUCUUUAUACGAUUCAAUUACUCUAAGGCAGAAGGAGAUUCCUAACGGUCAGAGAGUAAGUAUGAUAAAUAUUGCCCAUACUGCAUUUCUAGAAGGUAGACUAGGUUUAGCAAGGAAACUAAUGUUACUAGAAAAUAGACCUGAACUAAAAACAAUGGGUUUACUUGAACUGGAUGAUGAUAACAUGGCAUUACAAGAAGUAAUGAAGACCUACAGUCCCGAAUUGAUUCUAUCACUUUUAUUAAAAUGCCGUCCAAAACUUACAGUGGCUCAAUUUACCAAAUUGCUAAUACUGGGAAUGUCUGACAAUCAAAUAUUCUUAUAUUUUGCGGAAUCUGAUAAGGAAUUCCUAUUCGAUUUUUUUAGGCAACAAGAUAAUUACGUUGAUUUAGCUCGUCUAUUUGUAUUUCAAGGAGUUAAAAAUGGAUCUCUUCAGCCGUUUUUGCCACAAAUACGUGAUUUGUAUGCAAAGACAGGAAGUAAUUCAAUAGUUAAGGAAAAUAUCCAACUUUUUGAGAAGCAAAAUAAAUUAUGGGAUUACCAAGAGAACUUAUCUUCGAUUUUUAAUGAAAAUUUCACUAAUCUAACACUUGAUAAAACACUCAGUAAAUUAAUUGAAAUGAAAAUGGACAAACAAGUCACUGACUUCGUUAAAAAAUUAAAGAUAAAUGAUAAACGUUAUUAUCAUUGUAAAUGUAAGACACUGAUCGAUACUAAAAGAUUUGGAGAACUACAUUCAUUUGCAAAAGAAAGAAAGUCACCAAUCGGUUAUUUACCAUUUUAUAAAUAUCUAUUCAAAAAAGGGCAUAAAAAAGAAGCAUCUGUAUACAUUGAAUUCAUAACUAGAGUUACUCUAAAAGAGAAGAUUGACAUGUACUGUAAAUGCGAGAAUUAUUUGGAAGCAAUAAAAAUUGCGGAAAAAGAUCAGAACUUACAAGAAUUGAAUAAUAUUUUAAAGAUAUUACCAUCAGAUCAAACUCAACUAAAAAAUCUAAUCAAUGAUAUUUUAAAUGGUAUUUGA